AAUGACUGAGUUAAAAGAUAUGAAAAAUUAAAUCUUAAAUAAUUUACACUUCCUAAUACCUAUCCUACUUUUCAAUGGCGCUUAAACUUGGGAAUGCAAGCCAUCGUUUAUCGCUUAUAAAGACGUUACGCAAUGUUGUACUUGAUGUGCACUCUUUAUUCUCCGGAAAUAAUAUCGAAUAAGCUUAGAAAAAAAAUCAAUAUCAAUUUUCUCGUGCUGACGGAAGUCACUAAACAGGGUUGACAAUACAAGUUAUUGUUUGCGGUCUAAAGAUAGCUCUCGAUCGAUUUAUGCAUUUGCAUCACGAUGUUUAGGCCUUGAUGCAGCAUUUAUAAUGUCAAAUAAAAUUUCCAUAUGCAUUGAAUUUUGAAGGUUGCCCACGACUAGAUUUUAUGAAAUUGUGAAGGAAAUCGGAGUAACAAUUCUUAAAUGCAAAAUUAUCAUCUUAACAUACGCAAAUAAUAAAUCUACAUGUAAAAAUAACUUAAAUUACUUCAUAAUCUGCAGAACACGCGUAAUCGAUAAUUGUAUCUGGUAUAUCGCUCUAAUGGACUCGGUGUACAAAAUGAAAAUUAGCAGAAUAUUGCUAAGGUAAAUUAUUGCCACCAUCAAAUUACAGCGCAUAAAGGCGAGUCGUCCAUAAGCUGCGAAAAUCAUGCGAAACGGAGAUGAUUGUGCAACUCUCUCGUGUAAUGCGCCGUAAAUCCUAUGAAUGAACCAGAAGCUUCCGUAUACAUCAGCUGUGCAUCGAUGACGUAACCGAUGCCUAUGCAAUCGCCACGUGUCUGGUAUCACGCGCAAGAAGAGACAUUGAACGUUACUCAUCGAAUAUGGAUUUUUUAGGAAUCUCUGCAGAUAGUUAAAAAAUGAUAUCCCUCUGCAAGCCCUUGUCUUAGAGAUCCGAAAAGAAUGAAAUCGCGUUAACGAGCUUAACUCGAUUUGUAACAACACUGCGAAAGAUAAAGUCACUCGGAUGCUUUCAAACACCAAGACACAAAUCUUACAGAUUACUGAGCAGAUUAAAGACAAAUCCGAGACUUAAUAAGAUUAUAGCUAAUGCAGUGAAGGCGCAUCAGAUGCACCGAAACGAUGACGCAACCGUUCGCGGGGGCUUCCAAAGUGACGUCAUUAGGAUUUCAAACGCGAGGGCGGCUUCUUGGAAAUGACGAAGACUUCGAGGCGGGGGCGGCGAGAUCAUUGGAUUACACAGCGCGGUUUAAACGAAACGAUGACGCAACCGUGAUGACAAUGGACCGACACGAGUAACGUUACGUUGGGACUCGGAGCGCGAAAGACACCCUUCUCCGGAGCCGUCUAGAGGGGUUCUAGGGGUGGUUCGCCAUUGGCGCACAGGUUACCGGAGAGUGGCGGUACGGCCGCGAGGAGUUUGCGGAUGGUCUGUGACUGGGAAGUCACAGUGGAUCGAUAAACUUGCGCUUGCUCCCUCCGGCGCGCCGCUGACACACACAGACAGAGGCUCGUGUGUCUCCAAACUAGUUUUAAGGAGGCAUGCAUGCACGCGAGUACGAUGCGCGAUCGCGAUCAGUCGCGAUGUAACCGCAGAGUGAAACGGCCUCACACCAGGCCACCGGGUGACCACCAUCAGAUGCUGGAUGUGGGCUGAUCUCGUGCCGAAGAGCCAAUCACCCGGACCACGAAGCCGGCGAUCAGCGACCUGGACACUGAGGUGGGCCCGACGGGAACGUGGGUCUCGUGGGAACGUCGGGGGUCCGUCUGGGACCACGCCUGAGGAUCCAGUGAUCCUCAGAUAGGAAGAGGCUGCUCACCUUUCUUCGAUCCGCACGUCACUGGAUGAUUCACAUUUUGAUUUUCGCCGUGAUUAACAGCAGUUCCUGAACGAAUAUCUAAUCAGAGAGAGAGAGAGAGAGAGAGAGAGAGAGAGAGAGAGAUAAAGAAAGAUAGAGAAGAGAAAGAUAGUUGCUGUACCGCGGCAUAAUUACGUAAUUUACGUUAUUUGUGUCUUGAAAUACAACCGCCGUCAGCGUCGUUGUCGGCGGCGCGAAUCUUAUCAUUCUCAAAGGAGAAUGGUUGUAUAUUCGCGGCAGCGAGUAUCACACAGCCCUCAGUAGGAAGAUGAUAGAGAGCCAGGUGCAUCAACAUCCGGUACGAGUGCCGCCUGACAAGCCACAGUCGCUCCAGACUACCAAUACCGGCGUCAAGUUCGAAAAUGAGCAAUGUAAGGAGCCCCUGCUUCCGGAGAAGCAGAACUCCCACAGGAUGACACCGACCGACGGCCGCUCGCGGACCACCUCCGAGUCGAAGGACACCAUAAGCACCCCUACCACCACCGCCAGCACCACCACAACCACUAAUGGACAGGCGGCAGCGGUGAAUUCCGGUGGACACGCCACCGAAGACUGCCUCGAGGUGACCAUCUUCGACGAGGGCAUCGAUGGCGGCCGGCUGCCGGACGUCGUCGCUGAGAGCAAGAUCUAUGGCGUGACCGAAGAAGACGAGCCGGUCGAAUCGUACUUGGCGAUCACCAUCCAGGUUUUCAUACCCUUCCUCAUUGCCGGGCUGGGCAUGGUGGGCGCCGGAUUAGUCCUCGAUCUCGUCCAACACUGGGUAGUCUUCGAGAAAGUCAACGAGCUUAUGAUUCUGGUACCGGCGCUUCUUGGCUUGAAAGGUAAUCUAGAAAUGACUCUGGCGUCGCGUCUUUCUACUCAAGCGAAUCUCGGACACAUGGACAUGCCGAAGGAGCAAUGGCACAUGAUCGUCGGGAAUCUCGUCUUAAUACAAUGUCAAGCGAUAGUGGUGGGCUUCCUGGGUUCCGUGGUGGCGAUCGUGAUGGGUGCCUUCCGCAACGGCACGGUCUCCCUGGACCAUGCCUAUCUACUAUGCGCCAGCAGUUUGGUCACCGCGUCUCUUGCUUCUUUCGUUCUGGGCCUUAUUACCGCGGGCGUCAUCGUCUUCUCCCGUCAUUGCCAUAUCAAUCCGGACAACGUGGCCACGCCGAUAGCCGCUAGUCUCGGCGACAUCACGUCGCUGGCACUCCUCUCAUGGAUCGCCACUAUACUCUACGAAUCCAUUGACAAGCAAGACUGGGUGGCACCCCUCGUCAUAGCCUGUUACGUCCUCGUGACCCCGCUCUGGGUAUGGAUCGCCAAAAAGAACAAGUACACCAACGAUGUGCUCUACUUCGGCUGGACGCCGGUCAUGGUGGCCAUGUUGAUCAGCAGCUGUGGCGGUCUCAUACUGGAGUUCAUGGUGUCGCGCUUCGAGAACUUGACGGUGUUUCAGCCGGUCAUCAACGGCGUCGGCGGGAACCUGGUGGCCGUUCAGGCCAGCAGGAUAUCAACGGCGCUUCACAAACAGGCCGAACUCGGCACGCUUCUAAUCCCACCGGGCCUCACGCAUCCCGUCAUCUUCAUCACCCCAAUUGCCAAUUUUUUCGGGAAAGGUAUACACGCCAGAACUACGAGAGUCCUGAUGACAAUGGUGAUACCGGGCCACAUUAUUUUUAUUUACCUGAUCAAUUACAUGAAGGACGGCAACACGUCGAUGACGCCGCUCUUCGUCUUCGUUUACCUCUGCGCGGCGAUGCUGCAGGUCGCGGCGCUCCUCUACAUCGCCUACAUAAUGAUCCACUGGAUGUGGAAGCGGAAGAUUGAUCCCGACAACUCGGCGAUCCCGUAUCUGACCUCGAUGGGUGACUUGCUCGGGAUCAGCCUGCUAGCGAUUGCCUUCCAAUUUCUGUACCUGGUCGGAGAUCAAGAUUUCGACGCGCCCUGACCGUAGAAGUCGCAAAUUAUAGCGUUCUUCGGCGGGCGGGACGCACAAGUUAGAACUGUCGGACCGAAAGGGCAUUCCUACGAGGCUGUGGUCGUCUGAAAGUAUAUUCCAUCAAAUCCAAUCGUCGAUCUGCCAGUCCGCCGACGAGUCCCACGGACGGAUAGUCGCAAUGGUAUUAUACUUGAUAAAGCAUUAAUAAUUCAUCACUUAUAUCCUGCGUUCGCUAAGAAUUAAUUAAAAGCGAGGUAUCGAGUGUAUCGUUCGCAUUUUGUGAAAACCGGUCGAAUUUUAUUUCCAUUAUCGAUGCGGAUAUCUCGAUACUUAAUAAUUCAUAAAUUUUUUACGGAUGCAAGAUACAAGUGACCGAUCGUUAAUACCUUGUCAAGCCGAGCGGGCGCGUUACUCAGGUUUUAAUUAGCUACUAAUAUAUCAGAAGGUCGGUAGCACGUGGCAAAUUAAUUCGUCGACUAUCUAAAAAUUACGAUUGUAUUUUAAAAUAUGAAAUCUUUCCGAAUAACCGUAUCUCCGGAAUUCAAGCCUAAAGUUCGAGAAUUAAUUUCUUCAAGAAUGGCCGAUAAAAAAAGGUAAUUUAAUUAGCAAGUUUACCAAGCAACGGCAAUAAUUUUGAGGAUUCUUCGGCAAUACAUAUUUGAUGAAAUAUCUCUCGAGCGCGUGACACAAAGCCUAAAAUUCGCUAGCCUUGGAACUUAAGGAUUUCAAGAACCUAAAGCAUAAUUUUUCGGUGUAUUGCAAGUAAAAAAUUGGAGAGAUUGCCGUAUUUUUUAAGAACAGUCAGAAAUAAUUCACAAAGUCGCAUAUUGAAUUACAAUCGCGGGAAUUGCAAUAGCAAUUUAAUGUUAGGACUCCGUAGUUGAUUUAUCCUCGGGCUCUCAGCGAGAAUUAUGAUUCUUCCACGGAGCACGCGUAAAUAAAAAAACACGUGUAAUCGUAAUACCAACACGUAUGUGUCUUCGAAUAGUUGCCUUUGUAUACGACGAAAUUUAGAUAGGUAUUUAGAAGCUGCCACACGACCUAUUUUUGGAAGUUUUGGAGAAGCUCUCGGAGAUUUACUCGAGCCUGAAAUACUCGCCGCAUAAAGGUUCUAUGUUAACACUUGCGGUGCGUUUGAUCGGAAUUUGGUCUUCCUUACGCAAAUAACUGAUUCCAAGAUUUUUUUUAAUCUUUUGAAUUAUUUAUUAAUGGGACAUUUUUCGGAUCUAGAGAACAAUUGCCUGAAAGGUAGAACGCAUUAUCGGGUUAAAAAUCGAGUCGAUGACGUAAGUUAUCGCGAGUACGAGAGCCAGCAAAAUCUCGUACAACAAAUAGAUUUACUAGCACUAUUUAUUGUAUUUUUCAAAGAUUCAAGCGGAUUCUAGAGAUUUUGUAGACAAAAAUCAACAAACGCGAUGAUUUGAAGCUUAGCGUCUAAAGCUGACAUAGAGACGAGUGCGCAGUUGUUAAUAAAUUAAUCCACGAAUUUUACUCGAUCACCUAUAUCGAGGUGUCAUUAGUCGAUUGGAAAGUCCGCGCAAAGGGUGCAAGGAUGAGCCUUGGCGAAAUUGUGCACGAAUAGCAUCGCUUCGAGGGGAGACAACGAUGAGCUCGGUGUUUGAAAACCGAUUGCAUUUACGAGUUAACGUCCCGUUGACGAUUAUCUCUGACGUCGUGUGAACGAUUUAAUUCGCACCCUGACACGAUUGCAACAUGUAGUACAAUACGCUUUUGUGUUCAGAAAAAUUGUAAGCAACACUUCGGUCGAUAAUUUAAUUUCGCUCGGUGCGUCCGUCACAGCUCACGCGGACGAUAGGCUGUAUAGUAUUGUAAAUUAGGAUAAUUCGUGAUGAAAAGGGAGGAAGGGAACGAAGAGAGGCGUCGUUAUAUUUCCGUGUACAUAUUACCGUGUAACGUACGUGUUUUACGCACGUUACGUAUGUUUUAUAGGCGCCGCGUCAAAGACUAAUAUUUAGUCUUUGCGAUAGGGGGGAGAGAGAUUCACGUCCAAGUCGACAUCGCCUUUCGGCCCACACACGUUCAGUAUUAUCGCUUUUACGACGUUGCCUGGAAUCGCUGAGACACGGCGGGUAUAUUCCGAUCCCGCCGACAGAACAUUCCGCUUUUUCGGCACGCGUGUGUCUUCUCGCGAACUGCGUUCAAGUCGAUCCGAUUAAGAUAGCACAGUGCACUUACUCUAAUUAAAAAAAAAAGAAGAAGAAAAGGAUCACACGAUACGUUUUACGGUUGCGUGAUUUAACAGUGCAUGAAUUCGUUUGAGGUUUACUGUCGAAUCAUCUUCACUCGCGGUUAGUUGCUUCAUGAGUUUCGUCGACGCAGUAGAAACGAGAUUUUUAAGUAAACUGUAAAAAGGAAGAAAGAAAAAAUGCGUUCGCGAAUUUUUUUUCGUGAAUUCUCGCAGCGAUAUUCUUGAAAUGAUAUGCGUUUUAUUAUGCAGUCGAGUACUUUAAAAAAAAAUUAACUUUUAUCGCUCGUAGCAUCAUCUAGUGAUCAUUAUUCGCUUUAUUUUAUAUAAAAAAUAAUAUAUGUGUAUUUCUCUUUUUUUUUUUAUAUACGUUUGUUAGUUCUGUUGUUAGUUCUGACGAGCACAAUGAUCGUAUCAUGAACAAACGUGCUAUAAAUACGCAGACAAUAAAUAUGCAAUCUGAGGACGGAUGUGUAAAGUAUUUUGUAUGUGUAAAAAGUUGAAGGGAAUUUAUAAGAUCCCUCUGUACAAAGCCGACUUUUGCAAAUAAAAAUGACAAAAAAACUAUAUAUAUUUUAAACCAUUUUACUCUCGCUGCUCGUGAAAUUUUUAAAGGAGAACAGAGAUAUCGCGGAGGAGAACGUAUGCUGCCACUCGAUCGCCCGAUUGCAAACCCUCGUCUCGACGUGACGGCGACUAGAGACAACGCAUAUAGUCGUUUAAACUUUAUCCGCAGCCCGAAACACAGCGUUUAUUCCGCAAGUUAGAACGACGAACGUACAAGACAAUAAUCGUACAAGCGGCAGAAGGAGAAAGGAAAUAUUUUGUAUACGACACCCCGUGUAUGUGUCUUGCGAACAAUAAAACUGGAUAAUACUUCGACGAGGGGAUCGAGCAGCGUACUUCGGAAAUAAUGUUCCUGUCUACGUUAAGUCUACGUUUUAAAAUGUUAAAAAAAAAAGGAAACGGGAGAUAGGCACUCCGCAUCGUUACCGAUCGACGUCGCAGAUUAUGUCUGACGAUGUCUGUAGUCCAUUACACGGCAUUAAUCACGAAUUCCACGACGAGGAGGAGAGCGUAACGCAGUGAUAAUCGCGCGGCAAUUGCCUGACGUCCAGCUGAAGUCAUUAACUGUUAAACACGAAGUGGUCGAGCAGCAUAAUGUUCGAGAAAUAUUUUGACGUAGAUCUCACCGUAGAUCUCACCGAGAUGUAAUUUUGUAAAAUAUGUAUAAUAAAAUGUACGCAAAAAACGUUU